AUGAGACUCGGCCUUCACUACCUUUCUGUGCUGUCUCUGGGAGUUGCAGUCUCUGCAGUCCCAGUUCAGGAACGGAGGGAUGUUGGUCUCGUUGAGCGGGGGGCUGAGUUCAACAACUUCUUGAGCAUCCUCCUCAGCAACAUUCCUGUGAUCGAUACAACCGUCACAACCGGUGCGUCGGUCAUCACCGAGUUUGACAAGGUUCUAGCAGCUUUGACUGGGGCUCAGACCACCUACAACGAGCUCGGUGGAACUUGUAAGAAAUAUACAGUGAUCUUUGCCCGUGGUACCUCGGAGCCAGGCAACGUUGGUGUUUUGGUUGGCCCUCCGCUGUUUGAUGCUAUGGAUGAUCAGUUCGGUGCUGCAUCAGUCACUGUGCAAGGAGUGAACAGCUAUUCUGCGUCAGUUCAAGGUUAUCUGGCUGGCGGAGACCCCAGUGGCAGUGCCGAGAUGGCACGUCAGAUUAAAGCGGCAAAGGCGCAAUGCCCCGGUACCAAAUUGAUCGCGUCAGGGUACUCUCAAGGCUGUCAAAUCGUUCAUAAUGCGAUUAAUCAACUUGACACUACCACCGCCGGAUGGAUCUCAAGCGUUCUGCUCUUCGGAGACCCACUGAAAGGACAAGCAAUGAAGGGUGUCUCACCUGCACGGGUCUUUACUGCUUGUCACGCGCUCGACGAUAUCUGCAAGAACGGCAUUCUCAUUGGGCCUUCCCAUCUGACCUAUGCUGUCGAUGUUCCCAAUGCGGUCAAGUUCGCAGCCUCAUUCUAG